AUGAAUUGGGCGCACGAAAAAUCACCGAAUUUCAAAAAACGUGAAGGUAAUUUCCGCCUUCUUUUAGUUAUUCCGUAUAUAUCUUUCAGAUCCUUUCGCAGCAGGAGAUUACUCGAGAGGUUCCGAUAAUCAUAAAAUGGGUGAUUUUUGAGUCCGAUCGGUAGGCUGCAGUGACGUUGGAACGCGGUAGAAAACCGAGAAAGAAAAGUGGAAACUUUAGUUUGAUUUUCGCGAGAAACUAUUCCCAAAGUUUUAUCAGUCUGGCUCGGCGCUCUAAGGCGCUCUUGCAAGCUGUUGUUUGAAAGAUGAAGAAAAAGUAGAUUAAAUCAGUUUCUCACAGAUUCUUCAGUCGAUUGGGCUCCUAGCAUCGAAGAAGGUAUGUAAAAUUUUACUUCAAUGAGGUCGUGCAUGGGUUUGUAGAUGAGCUGACAAACAGUAAAUCAGCGAAACCUUCUCCUUCUGAGACAAGUAAUUUUCUUUUUCGUUGUUUUUUUUCAAGCGGAGUAUUUGUUGAUUACAAUUAAAGUGCGGGAAAAAAAGUUCAACUCGGCUACGACUUCAAAUCGGACGUCACAGCGGAAAUACAAGCCAUACACGAGACGGAACGGGAGAUUUCAUUCGCGAAGGAGCAACAGACCUCAUGCAUCGACUCGAAACGAAAAGACUAGUAAGUCGAUGUUUUCACAACCUUUUAAUUGAAGAGCUUUAAGAGUUUGUCGUUCCGAAGUGUGCGGAAUGCAAAGGAGGACACAUGGGAACGUGCAGCCUGUUGCAGUUUGACAGAAAAUGUGAGAGACUGCUUUCGAAGGCUUCUAUCAGAACUUUUAGCUAUUAAAAUGUGUUCUAAUUGUAACGAGGGACCGCACAUCUACUCUCAUUGCCUGAAGGAAAAAUCCAUCUUCUCGGGCUACGGACUUCAACUUUUCAGAAGUUUUGUUUACGGCACAGAUGAUCUUUAUAUCGAGGUAAUUGAAAUGAAACUUGAAUUGCUGGGUUUUUCAACAAGAACGAAGAUUUACGGUAUUCCAAGUUUCUUGUCAAUAAAAAUCUGAGAAUACGACGUUUUUGUUUCUCAGCCAGAAGUUUAGAAACACAAUUUUGGAUCUUAUAUUUAUUAAAUCCAACUGACGGAAAACUUUCGAAACAAAAGAAAAGGCUCCCUCUUAACUUCAUUAUUCAACCUAUAAGAAUUUGCAAAAUAAAAAAUUACUAUACGAUGUUUCAGACCUUUUUCGACAGUCAGAAGAAAGAAAUCGAUUACCCGGAAUCAUUUUUCCGCAAAUAG